AUGGAGCUCAGCCCAGCGGAGAUCUUGCGGAUCAUUCAGUUGGACCUCGACCUAAAGUAUAAGACUAACAUCCGAGAGUUGUUUGAGGAGUUCGACAAUUUCCUGCCAAGCGCUGUGAUAGGCAUAGCCAGGGAGAUGCAGCCUGUGUACAGGCACACAUUCUGGCAGUUCCGUCAGGAGAACCCCAAGACUCGGGUAGGGGGCCCUCCCCCUGAGGGGCUCCCCGGCUUUAACAGCGGGGUGAUGCUUCUGCAUCUGGAGGCCAUGCGCCAGUCCCCGCUCUACAGCCGCCUGCUAGAGCCGGAGCAGGUCCAGCAGCUGGCAGACAAGUACCACUUCCGCGGCCACCUUGGGGAUCAGGACUUCUUCACCAUGAUCGGCAUGGAGCACCCCGAGCUCUUCCACGUGCUGGACUGCACCUGGAACCGGCAGCUGUGCACCUGGUGGAGGGACCACGGCUACAGCGAUGUCUUUGAGGACUAUUUCCGGUGCGAGGGCCACGUCAAGAUCUACCACGGCAACUGCAACACCCCCAUCCCAGAGGAUUAG